AUGAGUUCGCAGAGACACGUCACCCACCCAGCCGUUCGGGAUUUGCCCUUUUCCGUGCAAGAAUUGGCCUCGAAUUGCGUGGAAAGGUCCAAAAAAGAGAUCACUUGGGGCCGCAAUAGCGUCGAUUCAAGCGAGGGCCAGAGCCAGCUCCAAGUUGGAGAAACCACCAGUGAUGAGGCCUCGGACAGCGAAGCGGGCGCGAAACGCAAAUACCAGGUCGACGACAAGCGCAACAACUACUGGGCCAUAGUCACUACCGGUGCAGGGUUGUUCUCUGACGGGUACAUCAACAACUCCAUCAGCACCGUGAAUGCGUGUCUGUCGAUUAUCUACAAAAGCCAGUACUCGGACUCGAACGCGCUGCAAAAUGUGUCGUCCAUCGCGUUUGUUGGCACCGUGGUGGGCCAACUGGCGUUUGGCUACAUUUCCGACUUUCACUCGCGUAAAGUGGCCAUGUUGGUCGGCACCGGUAUUCUGAUAUUGUUUUCCAUUCUUGCCGCCGGAGCCUGGGGCGUGGGAACCACCGGAACCCACGCUGGCGGUCUGUUUGCUGCGCUCACAGCGUACCGCUUCUUCUUGGGUAUCGGAAUUGGCUCUGAGUAUCCUGCAGGCUCCACGGCCGCUGCAGAAGCUUCAAACUCUUUGCCGGCAGGCAAGCGUAACAGAUGGUUCUGCUGGUUUACAAACUUCAUGAUUGACGCAGGAUUCGUUGUCAGCUCCGUGGUUCCCUUGAUCCUUCUCAAAAUCUGCGGCGAAGAGCAUCUGACCCCCGUGUGGAGAAUAACGCUUGGGCUAGGUGCCAUUCCGCCAUUGUCUCUAUUUUUGCUUCGUUUCAAAUACAAAGAGGGCAAGCAAUACCAGAACACCAAGUUUCAAAGAACAAUGCCAUACUGGAAAGUCUUCAAGUUCUACUGGUUCAGACUAACGAUCGUGAGCGUAAUCUGGUUCCAAUACGACUUUAUUGCCUAUUCCUUUUCGAGUUUGUCGAGUCUAAUUCUCGACGGCGUGCUUGGAGACGACGCUACGUUGACCAAGACUUUUGGCUGGAACAUUGUUUUCAAUCUGUUCUACAUCCCUGGUGCUUUUCUCGGCGCUAUUUUCGCAGACUACUGGGGCCCACGUUUCACAUUGGUCAGUGGUGUGAUUCUGCAAGCCGCUAUUGCCUUUAUAAUUGCCGGCUGCUUUGAUCACUUAAAGAAACAUAUUGCCGCUUUCACGGUUGUCUUUGGUAUUUUCAGCACUCUUGGCGAGUUCAGCGUCGGUGACAACAUCGGAGUGCUGGCUUCCAAAACCAGUGCCACUCCCAUCAGGGGUCAGUACUACGGAAUAGCAGCUGCCGUGGGCAAAAUCGGUGCUUUUGUAGGUUCCUAUGCUUUCCCCGCUAUUAUCAAGAAACACGGUGGUUACGAUGACUUAAAAGUGCCAUUUUGGAUCUCCGGUGCCAUCUGUUGCAACAGUGCCUUCCUGGCUUUAUUCUUCCUGCCUGCAGUGGACCAAGAGGCCAAUCUUCUCGAAGACGAGAUGUUUGUAGAGUACCUAGAAAGUACGGGCUAUAAUGUAGCUCGUUUGGGAACCCAUUUCAACGACAGUGAAUUUGAAAAGGUCUCCGUUUCGGAGAUUCCCAAGAAUGCGUAG